AUGCCGUCCUCCUCCACCAUCUCGUCCUCGGACAAGUCCAAGGUCAAAUCUGCCAUUCCAUCCUCCAGCAACAAGAUCAUCACUGCCACCGUCGGACGUGUCUAUGCUGCUCACCCCUCCCCUUCGCAAUGGAGCUAUACCGGGGUUGAAGGUGCCAUCGCCUUUGUUCGUGACCUUGUCAAAGCCACCUUCUACUUCAAGGUUGUCGAUCUCAAAGGCACCCGCGGCGUCAUUUGGGAGCAUGAAUUCUACGAGGGCUUCCAGUACAACCAGGACCGCACCUUCUUCCACUCUUUCGAAGGCGACGAGUGUCUCAUCGGCUUUUCCUUUGCCGACGAGGGCGAAGCGAACGACCUUUUCAAGAAGGUCAACAACCGAUCCAAGUACGCAAAGUCCAAAUCCAGCUCGUCCAGCUCCAAGAAGAAGAAGGCCCCUUCGGGCGGCAAGAUCGACAAGUCCAUGAUCGGCGCCCCCUCGGGUUUCAAGCAUGUCGCUCACAUGGGUUUCUCCGCUGAGCAUGGCUUCAGCUCUGAAAACGUCGAUCCCACGUGGCAAGCGCUGCUCGAACAGCUCGGAAACCUUGGCAUCAGCGAAAAAGACAUCCGCCAGAAUGAGAGCUUCAUCAAGGACUUUGUCGGCAAACGUGGCGGCCCAGGCUCUGCUGCUGCCAAGCCAGCGCCUCCCGCAGCUCCCAAGGCCAAGAAGGUGCCGCCUCCCGCUCCAACGAGCAAGCGCAAGGCGCCUCCUCCGCCUCCAGCUCCAAGGUCUCGCCAUGCCGCAACUGCCUCCACUGCCUCUGCAUCUUCUGCUGCGCCUCCUCCGCCGCCUCCACCACCUCGCUCGGGUGCAGGCGGCUUGUCUGCUCCUCCUCCGCCUCCGCCACCUCCCGUACGUGCUCCAGCUGGAUCCAGCGCACCGCCGCCUCCCCCUCCGCCUAUGCGACCUGCAGCGGGUGGCGGCGCGCCUCCGCCUCCGCCUCCUCCACCGCCCAUGGGUGGAAGCGGCGCUCCCCCUCCACCACCGCCGCCGCCCCCCGCUGGCGGCUCGCCUCCCCUGCCACCACCUCAGGAUGGUCGCGGUGCGCUGCUCGCUUCCAUCCAAGGCAAAAGCGUGCACAAUCUGAAAAAGACCGACGCAGCUGCUCCACCUGCUCCAGGAAGAGCUGCUGUUGCUGGUGGUGUCGCUGGAGCUGCAGUAGGCGCAGGCGCAGCUGCCGUUGCAUCAGGCUCAGAGUCGCCAGGUGCAGGCGGAGGUGAUGGCGAUCUUGCGAGUGCUCUGGCUGCUGCACUCAGUCAGCGCAAGGAAAACAUGGGCGACUCGGACGAGGAAGGUUCCGACGACGACUGGUAG